AUGGAAGAACGUUUUCUGGAUCUUGUUCGCGAUAACGACGUAGUAGAAGUGUCUGUGGCCCUUCUAGAGGUAAACGUUACGUCAGACGUUUUUCCCAACGUCGGAAAACUUCGGGACAAGUUUGGAAGGUCUGCCCUAGAGCUAGCAGUGGACAGUGGAUCACACGAAGUGACCGAGGUUCUGCUAGACCACGGCGCACCCAUGGAUGAUGCUCUGUUAUACGCAGUGGACAGACAGGAUAUUAGAGCUGUACAGAUACUGCUACAGGCAUCCAGGAGAGAUUACCUAUUAGAUCAGACGUAUAACGUGGAUACUGAGACAGGUAGCAGCGCUUUCCCCAGCUACAUGACACCUGUGAUGCUGGCAGCCCACAACAACAACUACACACUCCUGAAGAUUCUGCUUGACGCUGGCUUCCCUAAACCCGUACCAGACGACUACCAUUGGACCAGCGGUAUCGGUAACGGCAAGGCGUGGUUUGAGGCUUACCGUGCGGUAUGCAGUCCGUCUUACAUUCUACUGACAAGCACGGAUCCGUUCCUAACAGCCUUCCAGAACGCCAAGGCUCUACGUGACGCGUGUUGGAAAAGGGAGAAUUACCGAGCGCAGCUGGAGGAGCUGGCGGACCAGUGCGAGGCGUUUGCCGUCGAUCUGCUUGGGGAGGUGCGCACAACGAAAGAAGCCGAGACCGUCCUCGGUCACCACUGUAGCCCAGAGGACUGCCCGGCCGGAAAAUCUGUCUGUACUCUACAGUUAGCCGUGGAUCUCGAGAUGAAACAGUUCGGGACCAACCCUCUUUCCGUUGACUACAUCAACAUACUGACGUACCGGGAGCUGAUUGACUUCCAUCACUACUUCAUUGACUUUGAAAAGUGGUCCAGCGCCCGUGCGCUGUUUGUCUCAGUGGCGAUCGGGCUCGCCUAUCCAUUUCUGUGCCUAGCACACCUCCUGGCGCCUACGUCAAAGGUUGGGAGAUUUUCAAGUCUCUCCGUUAUCCGUUCGUUUUACUGGACGUACUCCUGGCUGACUCUGCUGGUACUACUGCUGGUGGAGUCUCAGUCCUACCGGGUUGGGACAGCAGAGAUAGACAGUAUCCUCCAAGGAACGCCGGCAGCAGCUAAACCUAUAUCUGUCCCUGCCAUGUUGAUCAUGAUAUGGGUCAUUGACGUAGGAUGGAAGGAGGUGAAAGAGGUUCUCGGCGAGGGUUUGUUGAACCACUUCAAGCAGUUAUGGAACGUCCUGGACUUCCUCAUGGUCGCCCUCUACAUUGCACAAUUUGCUCUCCGGCUUGUGGCAAUUUUCAAGCUAGAGGUCUACAGCAGUCAGAGCACGGUGGCUGAUGACUGGGCUUUGAAGGCGAACGAAAACAGCUUCCAGCUGGUCGCGAUCGCCGAUGUCCUGUUCUCGAUCUUCACGAUUGCCGUGUUUCUACGAGCCGUGUCUCUCUUCACGUUUCACCCGUUCUUGGGGAUGCUACUGGUCUCCAUCGGAAGAAUGCUUGGGGAUAUCCAGAAGUUCGUUUCAAUGGGUGCGCUGUUUAUGUUCGCCUUCGCGUGCGGGUUGAACCAGUUGUACUGGUUCUACGGCACCAUGCACGAGUACCUCUGCUCAAAGUAUUCACAGAGCAACCUACAGAGUUUGGACUGCACACAGUCACUUGGGUUUGACACGCUGUUCAACUCUCUUCAGACCCUGUUCUGGACGUGGUUUGGACUCACAGACCUGACCACGGUGGAGCUGACACCAGGCACCGGCCCCGUAGACGUGUUCCAGAUACACCAGCGGCCUGUCAUCACGGAGACAGUCGGUAAAGUCAUAUUCGCCCUACACCACGUGGUUGAGAUACUGGUCUUGACGAAUGUGCUCAUCGCCAUCAUCAGCGACUCUUAUACUAGAGCAGAGGAGGUAAAGCGCACUGACUGGGCCUUUGUAGUGCAGAAGAACCAGAUGUACUAUCUGAAGGUGGACGUGCCCCUACCGCCACCAUUCGGUCUGAUCAUGUCUGUGAGGAACGCCCUCUGUCGUGUACUGUCAGCAUUGUGUAGUCGGCGCAACAAACUAUCUCGUUCGAUCGCAAAUGAGCAGGCUGCUGUGCACCCCUCACAGUCAUCACUGCCAACAAAAGAAGAUAACUACAAAAUGACCGUUAGCAGUCUGAAGACCAGAUAUUUACUUCGCAAGGAGAGACAACUGGAAUCGUAG